GUGAUGGACGUGGAAGUCAAGGUAGAGCCCUGUAGCCCGCCAACCACACCACCUCCUAUAUACGUUGACACCAGUGAAAAAGAAGUGCCAGCUGAGGGAAUACUUGGAAGUUACAGCUCUGAAACUUCGGAAGACAGCAUGGAUAGCAGCCAAGGAAUCUUGGAAGGUACCGCGGAGCCUUCACCGAAGAAGCCUAAACAGAGUGUGAACAACUUUAACAAGUGUGACCUGUGUGGGCGGUGCUUUUCUAGAGCAGACCAUUUGAAAAGGCAUCAGAUCGUGCAUGCAUCUGGGGAGGAACACUUCAGCACUCACAAGUGUGACCUGUGUGGCCGGUGCUUCGCAAGAGCAGAGUACUUGAAAAGGCAGCAGACCUUGCACACCUCUGGGAAGCAGCACUUCUGCGCUCUCUGUAGCAGGCGAUUUCCUUGCGAGAAAAGUCUGACUGUACACCAGUUUACCCACACAACCGAGAAGCCCUUUGCUUGCACCUUUUGUGACAUGAAGUUUUUAUAUAUAGCUGAUUUCACUAAACACAAGCGUGUGCAUACAGGCGAGGUGCCAUAUGCAUGCCGGAUAUGCCCAUCUAAAUACUGCACUAAGGAAUCUUUGGACAGACACGAGCAGCUGCACGCAGCUGGAGUGGAGAUGUUCAACUGCCCGGAGUGUGGCAAGGCCUUCAAGCAGGAAAGAUAUCUGCGGGAGCACCUGAAUUGGCACAGAGUGGAGAAGCCACACUCGUGUCAUCUUUGCCCAACGAAGUUUGCCACCGAACAUCAUCUAAAUGGCCAUGUGUUAACGCACACGAGUGAAAAAAGGCAUAAGUGUGCUGUGUGCGAGAGAGACUUUAAGAGGCAAAAUGACCUCAAAAGACACAUGGCCACUAUACAUGUUGGAGUCAAGGUUGCCGUGGCAAGCACCGACAGUAGGGUGGAGAUGCCAAGUAGCCCCCUCUCCAUGCAGCCUGCUGUUUUGGUAGACUGA